UUAUUUUAUAAUGGCAAUGUAGUACUGACAGCUGUAAAAAUUAAAAACAAAAAGCGUAAUUUUGGCGCCAAACAAAAGUGCAGUGUGAAAUAGUUUCUUUUUAAUAUAAGUGAAAAUAUUAACUGAAAAUGAAAUUCGCUAUUCCUGAAAUAUCAUGGCAUAACAGGGACCCCGUGCUCAGUGUUGAUUUUCAGCCAAAAGCAGAAUCUAGCGAGCCUUUGCGCCUCGCAACUGGAGGAACAGACUCCCAUGUCUUGAUAUGGUACCUCUCUACAACGGAAUCUGGGUCUGUAAACUUAGAAGUAGCAGCUGAUCUCGCUCGUCAUCAAAAAGCGGUGAAUGUGGUGCGAUGGUCGCCUGAUGGACAGUACUUGGCAUCAGGUGACGAUGAGUCCAUCAUAUUCAUCUGGAAACAGAAGACUGAAGAAGUAGCUCCUGCUCCUGAACAGAUUGAGGAGCAAUAUAAAGAAACUUGGGUUAUACACAAGACCCUAAGAGGUCACAUGGAAGAUGUCCUGGAUUUGACCUGGAGUCUGGACUGCAAGCAUCUAGCGUCAGGCUCAGUGGACAACAAGCUGCUGAUGUGGGAUGUGGGGCGUGGUAGGUACAACUCCAUCCUCACUGACCACAAGGGGUUUGUGCAGGGUGUGUCUUGGGACCCCAGGGGGCAAUAUAUUGCAUCAGCAAGUACGGACAGAAUUUUCCGUACUUUUGACAUAAACACAAAGAAGGUGACAUCUCGCAGCAGUAAGGCCUGCCUCCCCUUUCCCAAGGACCACUCCCUCCACCAGGUAAAGGUCCGGCUAUACCAUGACGACACGCUGCAGACAUUCUACCGUCGGCUGCAGUUCAGUCCAGACGGGCUUCUCAUCGCCGUCCCUGCAGGCAGAGUGGAACCAGAACAGGGGAAAGUUGACAUGAAACCUAUCAAUGCUGUAUAUAUUUACACAAGAUACUCAUUGAAAGUUCCAGCAUGCAUCCUGCCGUGCGGUGAGCCGGCGCUGGUGACGCGCUGGUGUCCGCGCCGGUUCGCACUGAGAGCCGGCGGCCCCGCGCCCGCCUUCCCAUUGCAGAGCAGGAUGCUCCUCGCCGUUGGGACUAAACGUUCCGUACUGGUAUACGACACGCAGCAGAAGACGCCUAUUGCCUUGAUCUCUAAUAUACAUUAUACUAGAUUGACAGAUUUAACGUGGUCUCCCGAUGGUUGCACUCUAGUGGCAUCAAGCACAGAUGGGUUCUGCUCCAUCAUCACAUUCGGCAAAGGUGAGCUUGGAGAAGUUUUACCAGAUGAAGUUAAGGCCCAGGAUGCUGCAGAACCAAUGGAGGUACCGACAGAAGAUCAAGCACCAGAACCUCCAAAAGAAAAACCAGAGGAACCAAAAGUAGGCACAAUAGACACGUUCAUUAAAUUCAAAGCACCUUCAGAAAAGUCACCAAAAAAACAACCCACACAGCCUCAAAUUAAAACACCAGUUAAAAUUGAUGUUUUAGAAGAGGUGGCGAUGCCGUCAUGGUCAGAUAACAGUAGUAACGAAAUUAUAAAGCCUAAAGAAAGUGAACCAAUGGAUGCAGAUGUGAUGGUUAUAGAAGACAGUGAAGACAUCAAGCUGGUGUAUGACGAGACUGAAGGCUCUAAAUCCCAGUCCCCUAAAGAGAAAACAACUGAAGAUAAAUCCCAAACUGAAUCACCUGAAACAAAACCUAAGACUGAAUCACCUAAAAACAAAACUACUGAACUGAAACAGACUAAAAUUUCAUCAAAAAGCAGUCCUAAAAGUUCCCAAGUGAAAACAGAUAGUCCAUUCUUACGUCAGGCCAAAGUGACUGACGUCAAGCAACCAGCAUUAACUAACUCAGCGCCGAGCCCUAAAGCGCCGCGAAGGGUCAGCUUUGUGACGCUUUCCAGCCCAAAAAACAGUAAGAAGAAAUGUUAAGUGAAGAUUGAAUGAGGUUUAGAAAUAUAAGAAAAAUUAAUGUCAAAUUCAAAGAAUUUUAUGAAACGUUAAAUAAGAAUAAAUAAGGUUCAAAAAUACUAGUACACAUAUGUUUUGUGAUAAGGCUGAUGUUUUAAUUGAUUACAAAUAAUUUGUAUUUUCAUUUUGUAAUUUGUGCAAACAAUAAUUUUAUUAUUCAAAUCAUUUCAGAUAAAAAUUUUGUCAAAUAAAAACAAGCUCUGACAACGAAAACCAAUGCCUACUUGAAAUAAAUUAUUAUCAAUGCAUA